UUCAAUAUCUAACAACCGAGCCUCUGUGACAUUGAAGCGCAUGAACAUGCACGGACAUGUCGGUCAUUUCAAAAUACUGGUGGGAAAGUUCGGCGAGGAUCAUUUUUGUCUGAUAGAGAUGUCUUGGGCUACGAGUACCGUGCAGAGGAGAAAAAGGCGAAGACAAGAUGAUUCACCGGAAAUGCCGCCGAAAUCUUUGUGUCCGGGACUUAGCGGUGGAUGUUAGUCAUGUUGUUUGGAUAGAUACAAAUGACGUAAAUAUAGACUUCAUUCAGUAUGUCGGAGUGGAAACUACAGAUCGUUAUCGGGAAGGGAGGCCUUAUAAAAUGUUCCUUUACCCAGGAGGGAGUACCGCCAUCCUCUCCAUCAACAUGCCAAACAUAAAACUCGCCCGAGAAGUGAAAGUCACAUUGAACCACUGUAAAACAAAUUGUAACGGUGUGAUUGACGUGCUGGUGAACGACAGCGAGCUUGUGAGAGGGUAUACCGGAACAAGGUGGGACAAUUUUGGUGAACAGACCUUCAAUAUUCCACUGGAUAUGUUAACACCUGGAACGAACAUGGUGACUAUCAGAUUAAACGAAGAAAGCAGGGGCGUCUAUUGGUUGUCCGAUUUAAAAAUAGAGACAGUCAUGAAGUGAUAUUAUGGGACGAAUUAACCCCGGGUACAAAUGCUAAGGAGGAGGAUCGACUACCUGCCCAUCAGGAGUCUUAAACGUUCAGUUAUCAAACAAACCAAUGUAUCAAUAACUUCUUAAAAUGACUCAAAAGCAGUUGAUUAUCAAAAUGAUGCCUUUAAUUGAUUUAUGUGUUUUUGUUCGAAUUGAGACCUCUAUAGAGUGUAAAAGAAGAGUCUCAAAAAACUUCGUGUAAUAAUUACAUAUUGACGAGGUUAAACACUAUCGUAAUAAUUGCAUUUUCACGAGGCAAAACACUGUAUUAAUCGUAAUUAUUAUAUAUCGACGAGACUAAACACUGUGUUAGUUGUAAUAAUUACAUAUUUAGGACGUAAA